UCACAGAUUAUUAACUGUGCGAUCACAACCAAUCCCAUUCUUAAUGCAAAGUGGUUUCCAUAUGAUCAAACAUGAUCGCACGAAAUCACUGUCAAUCACAUACCAGCCUUUAGUAUUUUUAUCCCUCGGUUGCCGUAAAAAGUAGUACUUCGCUUCUAGCUCGCUCAGAAUUCAAUAUUUUGGCAAAAUGUACAAGGGAACUAUCGAAAUACCGGCCCAAAUGGCUUGAAACUUCACCCAGACCAGACACCACCGUCAGGUCAGAAUAUUAUUGAGAGUUUUACGAUUUUAUUUCAUAUUAGAUUGAACGGCUUAUUUUAAUCCCACAUGUUACCUGUUUUACUGUAAACACACAACGUUAACGUAAACCACUAUACUCUAUUCAUACACACAGUAUACUUGGGUUGCCUGUGUGGGUGUCAUCAGCCGCUGAAAAUGUGCGGGCACACCCCCAAGAUCCACCCAGGGAAAAUUAUUUCCAGUAGACUGCUCAGAUAAACGCACCAGAACGUAAGCGAGUUUUCUAAGUAGACGCAGAUUGAAUUUUGUAGUUUCAAACAAACAGUUGCCUUGACCGGUAGUAUUCCGCUCUCAAUACUAUGGCUUCUUGGAUGAGAAACAUAAAGGGGUACAUCGACCAAGUCGGCCUUGCUCCACCACAACUUGAUCACUUUACGUUUAAAGGGGAACCUGAAAAGAUAGCUAACAUUUCUAUGUUCAUGGCCAACUUUGGAGACAAGCUUUCAGUACUCAACGUUGAUUUGGAAAAGGAGUUAUUGAUCCUGGUUAAGACAGCGGAUGGCGCGGAUUUAAAGAAAUCACCCUUCUUUUAUAUGGCCCAACACAAACAUGCAGUGCAGGCUGUUUGUAUUCCAUUCAGUGAACUUCCUGAAGUAGAAGAGGUGAUAAGGCCUAAAGUAUCUCGCGUCUCCAACAUUUUCUUGUACAGCACAGGUCGAUGUGGGUCCACACUGUUGUGUAAAGCAUUAGAAGAACUCUCUACAGUCCAAGCAGUGUCAGAGCCAGACAUUUUCACUACUAUUGGUGUAACUAUUGGCCAACUUGAGCGUGGAGUUAAACUUCCUUAUCCUAACCAAAUAUCGCAUGCAACACUAGUAGAUUUGGCUCGUGUUGCUACUAUAUUGUUAAACUAUUAUUUCAUCUCUGUAGAACCAGAAAAGACAAUUAUUUGUUAUAAACUCAGGUCAGAGAGCUUAGAUGGAGCAGAGAUAAUCCAAGAGUCAACCCCAAAUGCUAAAAAUAUUUAUAUAUAUCGCAACUGUUAUGCAUUUGCUGAAAGUUGUGUCCGUAUGUUUGUCCAAAACUACUAUGUUUAUUGGUUACUCUCCACACAUCGUUUAGAUGCUUGGCUCUUGGAUAGACUAGUGGCAAAGAGGGAUACUCACUUUUUUGGAAAAACGGCAAAAUUUGAUGAUGUCCCUUUUAGAAAAGGUUUCUAUUGGUGCUUCAGUCAUGCGUGGUGGAUAAAUGUCGAAAAAGCAGCAUUAUUGAUAAACAAAGAUUCGGGUGUUUUUUUUCAUGCAGUUCUUCGAUAUGAAGAUUUGUGCAAACAAAAAGAGAAACUUGUAAAGAGAGUCGCACAGUGCUUAGGUGUUCAAUUGGGAAGAGGAGAUGAUCAAAAGAUUGCUUCUGCUUUUACUUCUAACAGUCAGGCAGGUAGUGAAAUGGCAUCAAAGCGUAACACUCAUGAUGACAAUGAUGUGUGGUUUGGGGAUUGGGAAAAACGUCAGAUAAAUGACAUUCUUUCCUAUCUUGGAGAUGAAGUAAAAUCUAGUCAUUACAUAGUAAAAGGCACCAUUACAUCUUAAAGAGGGGGGUGAAUAGGGGUAUGUAAAUCCGCCGAUCCGCAACAUUUUCGGGGCAAAUCCGUGGAUCCGCAGAUAUUUUUAGAUCCGCAUGGUUUGAC